CUGACAGUCGACUAGAUAUGGCGUCUUCAUUGCUUGCCGGCGAGCGCCUGGUGCGCGCUCUGGGACCCGGCGGGGAGCUAGAGUCCGAGCAGCUACCUCGGAAGCUACGUGAACAGCUCGAGGCCGCGCUGAGGAAGAAGACCACUGGCGGUAGUGGCACCCUUGACUCCCGACGCGUGGUUUCUUUCCGGCUGAUCCGGGAUCUGCACAAGCACCUGAGAGAACGGGAUUCUACACUGUACCUUCAUGAACUCCUAGAAGGCAGUGAAAUCUAUCUCCCAGAGGUUGUGAAGCCUCCCCGGAACCCAGAGCUAGUUGCCCGGCUAGAGAAGAUUAAGAUACAGUUGGCCAAUGAGGAAUAUAAGCGGAUCACUCGCAAUGUCACCUGUCAGGAUUCACGGUAUGUUGGGACUCUCAGUGACCUUGGAAAGCAAGUAAGGACAGUGAAAUCUCUGGUUAUCACCAUCUUCAACUUCAUUGUCACGGUGGCAGCUGCCUUCGUCUGCACUUACCUUGGAAGCCAAUAUAUCUUCACAGAAAUGGCCUCGAGGGUGCUGGCUGCCUUGAUCGUUGCCUCAGUGGUGGGUCUGGCUGAACUCUAUGUCAUGGUACGAGUAAUGGAAGGAGAGUUGGGCGAGCCGUAACUGAUGCUUCAUUGUCAUGUCUGGAGAUGUUUUUUGGGGGCCCUGCCUUUUACCUGUCAAUCACUGAGUCUCGUUCAGCCUAUGAGGCUCUUUGUACUCAGCUCCAGGUAGAAAACCAGACCAGGUCACCUGGUAUUCUUGCAGAAAGCUGUAAAGGAGAUUCAAACUAUAGCACUUCCUGAAAACUGGAAGAACUGGUUUAAUUCCUUCUUCUGAACCUCAAUUCUGCCUUCUCUAGUCCAUUCUAGAACCUAUAGAACUGGGUUUUUCCAUUGGGAGGAAAUAGAAUUCAGGCCUGUGCAAUACUUCCUUCAGUUUGCCCAAGUUCACAGUUAAUCAUCAUCCUUCAUCCACACAUCUUUGGUAUAAGCCUGUAAUUGGGAACAGAAGCCUCCAAGAAAGUAGAAAGACUCUCUCUCCAGUUUAUGCUGGACAAGAACAGAGGAAAGGGCAGAAAUCAAAUAAGAGAAAGAUGAGUUGGUAGAGGCUAGUGGAACCAGGAAACAGGCAGCUAUCUUUUUCGAAAAGGAAAUGGUAUCAGGCAAAAUAAACAGAGACCAAAUGACUGGCCGUGGCUCUUCCUUAUUAAGUGGGGCCAAAGAUUCCAAUGUGGUCCUGAUUUCUCUGUGUAUUGUUAAACUUAUGAGAACUUGCUGGUGUAAUGACAGUGUCUACAUAAGGCAUUUGAAGGGUUUAGCUUCAGUGUUUAUUCAAUAAAUAUUUAUUGUGUGCAGUACA